GUAAGUAUGUACCACGGAUAUAGAUAGUAUCUAUAUACUAACUACCAUGAUAGUAGAAUAGAUUUAAAUUUUUCAUUUAUUUAAUAUUUAUUUCUCAGUGCUCAAUGCUUAUUGCUCAUAAUUAUUAAUUACUCUUACAUACUUAAUAUUAAUUAAUAUUGGUCCCUUAAUUUUUAUGUCAAACACCUCAAUGUUAUGAAACACCUCAUUUUUAUUUGUUUUAAUAUUUUGUUAUUUAUUAUUUAAAAUAAUUUUUAAUUUUAGUUAAAUAUUCUAAGUGGGCAUUAUUUAGAAACAAAUGUUUCUGCAUAAAAAACGCCUUACAUACUAUUUCUUGGCAAGUUUUUCAUUCAUUCUAGGAUGCACAUUAACAUUGUUCGUUCUGCAUCCAAUGACAUUAAAACCAAACGCUUCACCAAAUGUAUUUAGAAUUAAGUUGCUUGUACUUGUCAUAUCAGCUGUAAAAAAUGUAAAUCGUAGAGAUGCUAUACGUGAAACAUGGGCUCAAACAAAAGGAGACUUUAAAAUACUUUUUGUUGUAUCAAAAGACAAAUCUUUAAAUGCUGAAAAAUUGGUUCAUGAAGAUUUAUUGGAGGUAGAUGAAAAGGAUGAGUAUAAACUACUCACUCGUAAAAUAAUAGCAUCAUUUUCCGGUGUAUAUCAUAUAAACUUUGAUUAUCUGUUAAAAUGUGAUGACGAUUCUUUUGUCAAUGUGCCAUUAGUUGUCAAUGAGCUAGAACAUAUGCCUAAAAAAAGGUUCUACUGGGGAUAUUUUGAUGGUAAUGCAAACAUUAAAAAAAGAGGUAAAUUUAAAGAAACUGACUGGAUAGCAUGUGAUAGAUAUUUACCGUAUGCUUUGGGAGGAGGCUAUGUUUUAUCAAAAGAUCUUAUCAUCUAUAUAGUGAAGAAUCGAGAUUACCUAAGUUUCUUUGCUAGUGAAGAUGUUUCGGUUGGCGCUUGGUUAAGUCCAUUAAAUAUUACUAGAAAACAUGACCGGCGAUUUGACACAGAAUGGUAUAGUCGUGGAUGUCAAAAUGAUUAUUUAAUAACACAUAAACGUAGUCCUGAAAUGAUGAGACUGCACUGGUCAAACAUUAUUCAGACUGGAAAACUAUGUGAUAGAGAGUUCAAAAAUAUGGCUUCCUACGAGUAUAACUGGUCAGUGAUGCCAUCUAAAUGUUGUGUCAGAAAUUUGUCUUUAAUUCCAUAAAUAAAUUUUCAACAUAAAAAGACUGGUUUAAUUAUUAAUUUAAUAAAUUUGAAAAUUGGAGUUUUUUUAUUGUUUUGAAUAAAAAGAAAAUACAUAUAUAAAUUAACAAUACAAAUUUUAUAUAGAGAUUAAAUUUUAUUCUUAUUAUGUAUGCAAUUCAUGACAAUAUUACAAAUUACAAUAAUUUCAAUCAUUUGUUCUUACGCCGUAAGAAAAUUAAUAUAACAUUAUACAUUAUAUGUAUGUAUAUAUAAAAUAAAACUUAUUUCAUUUUUAA